GAUGUUUUCAUGCAAGUUUCCUUUUUCCCGUCCCUAUUGUGCCAAUCCGCCCGGAAUGCAUCUGUCCGUACAGACUGCUCCCGUCUCCGGUUGGUGUUUGGUGUUUGGUCUUUGCCUUGCAGGCCGCCCCGACCUUGCGGCGCAAACAAACGGAAUGGAGAAGGCAGGCGCACAUAUCAAUAUCGACUUCUAAGCCCUCUUCUGCCAGCCUUUUUCUGCGACCUUAUUGGCUAGCCAGCCUACAUCUUUCCCAGCUGGGAAAUCGUGACAGCUUCCCCCGAGCCACCCUAGAGAAGUUCAAAUUUCAACCUAACCUGACCCCAGUCUCACCACAUCUUCGCUUAUCAUAGCUUUGAGGCUGUGACUGCAUAAGAAAUACGAAUCAACCGCCAUGACAUCGUCACCUGGCGAAGGUCCUGCUGAGGGAGACGGCAUGGCUGGGAAUUAUUCUACACAGCCUCUCCAGGAUGGGUCUAGUCUAGCUGCAGACGCGAUCCUGGUCGGACCCAACGAAACUGACGGUGAGUGUGCCAAGGGAAGCUCGGAAGAGCAUCCUAUUCCAGGAAAGCUGGUCGAGGACAAAAAAAAGAGAUCCAAGAGGAAGAACAAGUCCACAGUUGCGAGAGGUCCCGGAGCUCUGAGCAAGUCUCGUGGCACUGGCUUCGAGGAGUUCUACUGCGAUCCUCCAGUGACCCCUGACGAGGCCCUCGAGGAGCAGACCAACAUCUAUCCCCCUCAUCGUGCCUUUGUUGACCGCAUCGAGGAAUGCAUCCAGCGAUUCCGGGCCCGCCGCCGACUCGACAGCGAUCGCUUGAAUAUCUUCAACAAGUUUCUUGCCAUCGGUGGGAUUGAUGGCUCCCCACGCCAGUUCCAGGGUGGCAACAGCAUCGAUCUCGAGGGGGCAACCUCCACUGAGAUCAGGGAGAUCAUGGCCAGCGAUGUCAUCCACCGCACCGGGAACGACUUGCGCUUCUACAAUCCCAACCGUCCAGACCACUGGGAUGUAGACUUUGCGGGAGUUGUCUCGGGAUUCUUUUCCGAACGCAUCUUCAAGCUCGCCGGCUCGGACCUCUCCUUGAUCAAGAUGGCUGCCGAUCUCGUGCAGAACUUCCUAAACUACGUGCUUCACCACGAUGUCUGCCCUGAAUACGCCGACAACAUCCACCAGGCCAAGGCCGUCUGUGACCAGGCUCUGGACCAGAUCCCCCGCAUCUUCGGCAUCUGGCAGGCCAUUCCCGGCGACUUCAGCAUCGCUGCUCAGACGCUGUAUUGCCGCAAGGAAGGGGAAGAGGCCUCGUCCUAUUAUUUGGGCGGUGCUAAUAAGCGAAUGGAUCACAAGCGUGCUAUGGUUGUUUUCAUGGCAACUGUUGCUACAAUGGAUAGUGACUCGGUUGAAGCUGUUUGCGCGGCCAGUGCUUUGAACGCCAUACACGUCAUGGACACGGCUGAGCAAGCAUUCGAGAUCCUCGAACUUCGCGAUCCCAGCGAGGAGGUACUCCAGCUGUAUCGCGGAGUCAAAGACCCUGCCUCGGGUGCGCCGGGCACCAUUGAACCAUGUGGCCUUAUCGUCCUCAAGCCUAUUACGAUCCAAGAUGGCUGGGACACUGGGUUGUGCACAGAUCAAGUCUGUGGUGAUGGCGCUCAAGAGAGCCUAAUAAUCAACUGCAGCAUCAUGCGCUACCUGAUGGUGGGAAUGAAGGUGAAGCUGGUAGUGUGCACGCUCAACAUCGGCAUCAAGUUCAUCAAGGAGCUCAAAGAGGUUUGUCCGAGCUACUACACCUUCCUGCCCCAGGAGUUGAUGCUCAACUACAGGGAGCCGGUGCUGAACGAACGCCCGGCCCCGGGUGUGGAUGAUCUGGAAGCGGAGGAUGAGCAGCCGGCCCAGAAGGCCAAGGACUGAGACAUCGGAUUGGAGUUCGGAGGAGAUACCCAGGCAUUUCGGCGUCUGGUCGGGUUUGACCUUUAGAGGGAGCCUCGUGGCUGGCAUUUUGCUCGUGGCCUGGAAUUAAUGGUUGCCACAUCCGAAUAGAUACCAAUGGAUG